GGAAGUGAGGUCGCGGGCUGCGGUGUGUGCGCAGCGUCGGCGGUAGCGCGGGCCGCGGCACGGCGGGCGGGAGGCAGCGCGGGCCUAGCGGUCGACCGCCAGCGAACGUUGUCCGGGCACUGCCCGUCGCCGAGCCUCACGCCGUGCCCGCUCGGGCCGGCGCGCGCCGGUCCCGGAGGCGCAGGCCACCUUCCUGAAAUCAUGAAUCCUGUUUAUAGCCCUGGGUCUUCUGGGGUUCCCUAUGCAAAUGCCAAAGGAAUUGGAUAUCCAGCUGGUUUUCCUGUGGGCUAUGCAGCAGCGCCUGCCUAUUCACCUAACAUGUACCCCGGAGCAAAUCCUACCUUCCAAACAGUGCUGGAGAUUGAACCCAGAGUCUUGCACAUGUUAGGCUACACUCCUGGCACACCUUACAAAGUGUCCUGUUCCCCAACCAGCGGAGCUGUACCACCAUACUCCUCCUCCCCGAAUCCUUACCAGACGGCCGUGUACCCAGUGAGAAGUGCCUACCCCCAGCAGAGCCCGUAUGCCCAGUUGUCUCUGUUUUCCCCACAGCAAGGCACAUACUAUACACAACCUCUGUAUGCAGCACCCCCUCACGUCAUUCACCACACCACUGUGGUGCAGCCCAAUGGCAUGCCAGCAACGGUCUACCCUGCUCCCAUCCCUCCUCCUAGAGGCAGCGGGGUCACCAUGGGCAUGGUUGCUGGGACCACAAUGGCCAUGUCAGCAGGUACCCUGCUGACUGCUCAUUCUCCAACUCCUGUAGCCCCUCACCCGGUUACUGUCCCCACAUACCGAGCCCCAGGAACACCCACCUACAGCUAUGUGCCCCCUCAGUGGUGAUUACCCUGCAAACUAAUAUUUGAGGAUGGAGCUGUGCAGUCACUUCAUUGAGUUCCACAGCUGGUGCUGCAGGCCUUGUGCCUCCAACCAGGACUUUCUUCUUAAUGCUCUCGACACUUAGCUAAACACAACUGCGUCCCAGCCCAGCAGGUCCCAGCUCGCUAGUCUCCAACUAACUCUGUGGGUUGGUUUUAAAGCAAAUCCUGUUUUGUGGACUGCCUGGCAAAUUUUUUAGCUAAUUGUAAUGAUAAAAAGGGAGUAUUACUCUAUUCUGAAUUAUAUCUAGUUGAAUGCAUGUUUAAAAACAAACACAAAAACAAAGCUUGCUCAAUCUACCUGCAGUGAGUGAUGCAGAAACAUCAUAUGCAAAACCCAAAGGACUGGACUGUGUUCUACAGCCUGUGUCACUCGCGCACUCCUGUAAUGUGUGCUGAGGCUCAGAGUUACACAUGUGCAACUGAAUGUCCCUAUUGAAGCAUCUGGAGUACUGGAGGGGAUUCUUGGGGUACUGGGGACACAGAUUUGUAGCAGCCUGGUUUUUGCCACUGACCAAUCCUGGAGGGAGCUGCAGGAACUUGGAGAGAGUGUGAGCCUGCGGUGGCUGCAGACAGCCACAGCAGGGGGGGAUAGUAGGGUCCCUCUCCUUCACUUCAGCUAGUGUGUGCUCUGGGAAGCAGGGAUGCACCUGAAGCUCUCUGGGAAGAUGGGAGCUGGGUGAUAGUACAGCUGGGAUGAAGGCUUGUCUGUGUGUCAGUAGAGCAGUGUCUGCCAUCCGAGUCUCCACUGUAUGUCUUACAGGAUAAUGUCUUGUGUAUCUGUUGGGACUGUUGGGAAAGACCAGUGUAGAACUGAACUGUCUUCCUAGGAGGGAAGACAUCAAAGAGAAGCCGCCACACUGAGGUGGUAUUGUCUCUUGCUUUAUUUCGCUUAAGGAACCAUUUUUCCCCCCUUGAGAAAUAAUUGAGUCAGCUAAAAGCACCGGAGGUGCUGUUUUCAUCCCAUGAAGAAGGGCAGGACUUCAGCUGUGUGCUGUGGAGAAUGUUGUAUAUUUAAGACUGGCUAAAAGGGAAUAAGUGUAUUUUUAACUUAGUUCCUCAUGUUUCUUGUAGAGAAACAGGACUGUGAUUAUGUCUAAAAAUGUAGAAAUAAUGUAGCUUGUCCUGGGUCAUUCACCUGUCCUCUGUGACUAGCUGGAGUGAGGCCUACAAAGCCUGCAGAAGUGGUCUGAGCCUCUUUUGGCACCUUUUUCUGUAGCUGAAGGCACUCAGUACCAAGCAAAUGUGGAAAGUAGAAAGGGCUAGGCAGUUUUGGGAUGCACUUGCCUGUCAGGAUCUGUUGUGGGAAAGGUUUUGCGUGUGUAACUGAGUGUGUACAUAAGAAAUCAAGAGGUUCUUUUUGCCUGGAUACACACCCAGCUUGAAUCUGUGAGCCAUUCUAUUCAGUGUGGGUCAGAAGGGCGGGAGGGCCUCUGGGGUCUGUGGAGUGGGUUUUUAUUGUUUUCAACUCCAUUGAAUUGCUGGGGCUUUGGUUGGACGGGAUGCUUGUCUCUGGCAGCUAGGCCAGGGCCUCCAUGUUGGCUGGCAGUCGUCUCAGUAGCAGACAACUUGGCUAGAGGGUGAAUCACCUGAAUAGCGAGCCUUUGGUAACGUUAUUUUUAUAGUAAUGUUCUCCAUAAUUUUUUUUUAGCAUUUUUAAAAAAGUUUAGAAAGAUGUCUGCAUGGAUCAGUGUAAACAGAAAAUUCCUCAUUCCUAAUGUCCAUGAACAUAGAAUAUUUACUGAUGAGUAUGUUGAAUUGCCUCAUGAGCACUUAACAGUGUCAGUGUGUGAUUGUGUUUGAGUGUGUGUGUGUGUGUGUGUGUGUGUGUGUGUGAGAUGUAGCGGGGGAGCAAGAAAGCACACAGUGCACAGAGCUGGAAGCAUUUGCUGUAGUCACACAGCUUGUAUCUGUACUUCAUGUUGGAAUCCCCAUCUCUGUGAUGGAGGUUUCCCUGAACUCAGCAGACAGAAGGUGGUUUGCCCAGGUGAAUAAUCACAGAUCACUAGGACAAAUGUACCUGUGAUUUUCACAUGUGUUGGAAAAAGUCCCCUCACCCAUCCCCAAGUAAGCAUACCUGCUCCCCCGCCUAUAAAGGGUAGAGUUGUUUGCCUGCAGCGUGAAGUCACCCAGUCUUUGGGCCUGCUUGCAGCUGCACACAGUGUGUGUGUCUCCACAGGCUCUGAGUUCUCAGGAGAAAGAGUGGGAUCACAGCCGCUCCUGCUGAUUGCAUCAGCUUUACACACUUGCCCUCAGUCUGUUAAAAACUCGUUCUGUUUCUUUCAAAUUGUGACUAACAAUACUUCUGCAUUGUACAACUCAUCCGUGUGGAAAUCUUUUCUGUUUUGAAGCUGUCGGCUCUUCAGCUGUGAAAUCUGGUAAAGAGCGUACCUAUCAGGUGGGAAUCUUGGCAUGUGGAUAGUAGCAGACUGUCAAGAGGUGGUGAUUUCCACAGCAUUCGGUUUCAGCAAAAUUAUGGGGCAGAACUUGGUCAGUAUUUUGUUACAUGGCUGCAUAGGUAUCCCAAAAAUAUCAAGGAACUUUCCAAGAAAGUGUGCUUUUUACGUCUGUGACAUUCCUGACUAGAGUCCUUCAGUUGAAUUCUUUUUGAAGACAGGAAGGCAAAGAGUUGUGAACAUUGCCAUCUUUGUUAAUACAUACAUACAUACAUACAUACAUACAUACAUACAUACAUACAUACAUACAUACAUACAUACAUAUAUCUUCUCUGCUGCCUUCCCUGAGGCUAGGGAGCUUUCUUCCUCUGCCGCAGUUGAAACCUCUGUAGAGUUGUGGAAUGAUGAGGAACCUGUGACAAAGUCAGACCACCAUCAGGAUUGGGCCAGUCAGGCUGCAGGCAUGGAAGUGCUCUCCCAGAGCUUUUGUCUCCUGUCUUGUCUUCCUUGGAAGAACCAUUGUGAGGCUUCUGGCCUGCCAGUUACCAUUAUGGGUGGCAGCUUUUGAGAGUUUUGCGGAGGCAGUGUUUCCAGCAGGUGGGGCAGUCCCCAGUUCUGGAUUGGCUGCUGAGUCUCCUGCCUUUCCUCAGCUAUGCACCUGGCAUCUUAUUGCAUUUGUUUGUGUUAUUCUGCUGUGACAGGAGGCUGAAGGAGCAGACUGCAUGUUUCUUGGGGACCUGUAACAGUGAGAAGAAACUUAUUCUUGGGGAGGUUUGAGCUCACUGGCUUCUGAUUUGGGCCUUUGUGAGUGUGCCUGUGGUCGGGAGAUGCUGGCAAGUGCCAGCCUUAAAGGGCCUGCUUCAGAUGUCCUCAGCUCUCCUUCCUCAUGUUGCAGUACAGUAGUUCUGACUGCAGGGCCACCUACUCUCACUCAGCAGCUGAUACCUGUAGUUGUGGUAUACCUGCUACUGCUGGGUGGCGCAGGACUUUCCAGGGCACAGUGGCAAUUGUGGCAGCUGCUGUUCCUUUCCUCUGGUGCUUUCUGAGGGUUACUAGGGGGCAGGAGAGCAGCUAGCUGACCAGUGGAGUGCAGAACUUACACUCGUGUCCCCCCCCCCCCCCCCAGGUCUUCGUAGUUCCUGAGCUGCUUAUUCCGCCCAGUGCUCUGUGUUUGAUGGAGUGAUACCCAGAGAGGAUGCUGUGGUCUCAGUAGGAACAGUGAAAUUAAUUCCCCAUGUCUUGGAGGAUUCCUCUCUUCCCUGGCCCCUUCCUGUUCAUUUAAAGAGAAGAAACCCUGUGGAAUACAUCUUAGUAGAAUUAUGGGAUGGGAGGCAGCAGCUUUUCUGUUCAGGGACUGCAGUAUUUCUACGUGAGCUGUGAGGACCUGAUGGUAUACAAGCAGCUUCCAGGGAAGGGCAGUGGGUGGGUCUGGUGCAGACUGUGGACAGUGUAAUAGACCAGUUAGGUCAGAUUGGGCACUGGCUCCCAGCAGGGCUGUUGUGGCAGCUGGAGGUCCCAAGGAGCCUGAUAGGCUGUGACUGAACAGAAAAGGUUCUUUUUUAAAACUUUUAUUUUUAAAUACUCUUUUUUUACACUGUUUUCUUGGUACUUUUUUUAUGCUUAAGUCAGCGUCGUCUUCCAGUGUUACAGGCCUCCCUUGCCUCUUCAUUGAACUUAAGUGUCAAUACAAAGGAACGGGCAGACUGUCCAUCCCAGCCAGUUCAAUUAGAUGGAAAUUCAUACUGUUUUAAUUUUUUAUGCAAUCUGAUGAGUAGAUGAGCUCAGAUUUAAAAUCCUUAAAAGCACGUUUAUUGUAACAGGAAUUGUUAUGUAUUAAUACUGCAGUUUUCAAUAAAGAUUGACUUGUGUUGCA